AUGGAUUUCUUAGAUAAUACACCCAUAGACAAUCCGAAUGAUGAUCGACUAAAGGAAAUCCUCCAAUGUGCAGGAGCCCUUGUUACAGAAACUCCUCCUCAUACUCUAUCAAGCAAUCCAAAGCCUUCCAAAGACUGGAUUAAGUAUUUUCAAUUUCAAAUGGAAAGGGACUCACCAAGUGAUACUCGCAAUGCACUGUUAGUCGUAGCCGCACUGAUUGCAACUGUCACUUUCCAAGCAGGGAUGAACCCUCCAAGCAGCUUUCUUCUGGAUACAACGACCAAUACUGCAAAUUCUGCUCCUCCUCCGGCUGGUACUGUAACGAUCGAAAAUGGUGCACUUGUUACCUCUGGCGUACUGGCUGUUUCAGGGAAUUUAGGGACUCUAGUUACGUCGAAUCUGUUUGUAUUUGGAAAUACAUUAAGCCUUGCAGCUUCCCUGAGUAUCAUAAUUUAUCUUACAAGUAGAUUCCCUUUCCAGAGAGAGCUUCAAAUCGCUAUUUAUUCAAUGAUGUUUACGUACGGCUGUGCAGUGGACAAUGUUAAACCCGCGGGAGCCAGAAAGUAUGUCAUACUAGUAAUUGCGCUUCUUCUACCACUUUUAUUUCGAUGGAUUCCAAGAUGGGUCAGAAAGUUUGCAAGUGGGUGCAAUACAAGAAGAAGAAGGGAUCAGAACAAUUCCACAGUGGCUGAAAGGUUUCCUUUUCAUUUGGAGAUAUGGGUUGCCACUGGUGCAAUGAUAGUAACUUUGCUGUUUUUACUGUUACGCUUAAUGAAUGUGUCGGAUUUUGAUUCAUCUUGUUUGUGGCUGAUGUGCCUUUCGGAGUUGGGUGUCUGA